ACUCAGACAAGGCUCUGUCCAGCCAGCUCAACUCAACUUGACCACCUCAGUUCUUCAGAGGGAUGUCUUUCCUAUAAGUUUAACAAACUGAGGCAUUGACCCAAGUUCUACAACUUUUAACUUUAUUCAUUAGCCUACUCUUUGCUUACUUUUAAACCAGUCUUUAAAUGUGUCUUGUUUAAGAAUUAGUGCGCAACACUUUUAAAGAAGACAGGCGCGCAGUGAAACAUCCACACUUGGAUUAUAGUUUCUGUUUCUCGCCUUUCAGUUGAGAAAACCCGACUCGUGAUGGUUGUCCUGUCACUUAGGUUACUAAUGGUAGGAGUUGUAGUAUGUCUGACUUCAGCUCUUCUGGCUGGUGAAAUUAAAGAUAAAAAAGACUCAUUGAAGAUCCGUUUGAAAGAGUAUGGCCUCAUUACUCCCAUCAGUACGGAUGCAGAGGGACACUACCUCUCGCAUCUUCUCUCAGCCAAUCACAAGCAGCGUGUGAAGCGCGAGCUUUUGGAAGGGUCAACGCAAGCGGUAGACAGACUAUUCUUUAACAUCACUGUCUUUGGCAAGGAAUUCCACCUCCGACUACAUCCCAACCAAAGAUUAGUGGCUCCCGGAUCUAUGGUGGAAUGGCAUGAUGAAAUCGAAAUAGCUGGGAAUGCAACUGAGAAUGGAACCCGCUCAGAGAGAAUACUUAGAAGGGAGUUGCUGAAAACAGACUGCACUUUUAUAGGGGACAUCACGGAUGUGCCUGGAGCUUCUGUUGCUAUAAACAACUGUGAUGGACUGGCGGGCAUGAUUCGUACUGAUUCUGAUGAGUACUUCAUUGAGCCUCUGGAGCGAGGAACACAGGAACACGAGGAGAGAGGAAGAGUGCAUGUGGUUUAUCGAAGGUCUGCAGUAUUACAAGCUCCUUCAGACAUCUCCUUGGAUUACCAGCCAGUCCAGCCUGAAUUGAAUGCGCCAAGGAUGCUGGACAGUAUUGCUAAACAAGUCAAAAGGACAGUCAGGAGACGGAGGCACGCUGGUGACGAUGACUACAAUAUUGAGGUGCUGCUUGGAGUAGAUGAUUCUGUUGUCCGUUUUCAUGGGAAAGAGCAUGUGCAAAACUAUCUCCUCACCCUCAUGAACAUUGUGAAUGAGAUCUACCACGAAGAAUCAUUGGGAGUGCACAUUAAUGUUGUCCUUGUGAGGAUGAUAAUGCUUGGAUAUGCUAAGUCCAUCAGUCUCAUUGAACGUGGCAACCCUUCACGAAGCCUGGAGAAUGUGUGUCGCUGGGCAUUCGUCCAGCAGAAAGAGGAUCCAGAGCAUUCAGAGCAUCACGACCAUGCUAUCUUCCUGACCCGGCAAGGUUUUGGCCCCACCGGGAUGCAAGGAUAUGCCCCCGUCACUGGGAUGUGCCACCCUGUCCGCAGCUGCACCCUCAAUCAUGAAGACGGCUUCUCUUCUGCCUUCGUUGUAGCCCACGAAACCGGACAUGUACUGGGAAUGGAGCAUGACGGUCAGGGCAACCGCUGCGGUGACGAAACAGCUAUGGGAAGUGUCAUGGCUCCUCUGGUGCAAGCAGCCUUCCACCGCUACCACUGGUCAAUGUGCAGUGGCCAAGAGCUGAAGAGAUAUAUUCAUACAUACGACUGCUUGCUGGACGACCCCUUCAAACAUGACUGGCCGCAGCUCCCUGAACUUCCCGGCAUCAAUUACUCCAUGGAUGAACAGUGUCGCUUCGAUUUUGGAGUUGGAUACAAAAUCUGUACUUCAUUUCGCACAUUUGAUCCAUGCAAGCAGCUUUGGUGCAGUCAUCCAGAUAACCCUUACUUCUGCAAGACCAAGAAAGGACCACCAUUGGAUGGGACUGAAUGUGCACCCGGGAAGUGGUGCUACAAAGGUCACUGCAUGUGGAAGAAUGCCAACCAAGUGAAGCAAGAUGGAGCCUGGGGCGCCUGGAGCAAGUAUGGCUCCUGCUCUCGCUCCUGCGGGACAGGGGUCCGAUUCAGAACCCGCCAGUGCAACAACCCUAUUCCAUCUCAUGGCGGUCAGGAGUGUCCAGGGGUGAACUAUGAGUACCAGCUCUGUAACAUUGAUGAUUGCCCCAAACACUUUGAGGACUUCAGAGCACAGCAAUGUCAACAACGCAACUCUCACUUUGAAUACCAGAACACUAAACACCACUGGCUUCCCUACGAACACCCAGACGCCAACAAAAGGUGUCACCUUUAUUGCCAGUCGAAAGAAACAGGUGACGUGGCUUACAUGAAGCAGCUGAUGCAUGAUGGGACAAAGUGCUCUUACAAAGACCCGUACAGCAUCUGUGUGCGUGGAGAGUGUGUGAAAGUGGGCUGUGACAGGGAAAUUGGCUCCAACAAGGUGGAGGAUAAGUGUGGCGUGUGUGGGGGUGAUAACUCCCACUGCCGAACUGUGAAAGGAACCUUCACCCGUGUACCCAAGAAAGCUGGGAAAAAGUUAAGCAAGAGAUCCCAAAAAGAAAUUCCUGUUUUGGAAAACACAACCUGGAAAACAAGAGGAGCCUUUUUGCUGCCGAAAGGAGCUCGGAAUAUAUAUCUGAAUGAAACAGAGGAUUCUAGAAAUGUGAUGGGUUACCUAAAGAUGUUUCUCAUUCCUCCUGGGGCUAGACAUGUGAUCAUACAAGAACAUGAGGCUUCUCCUCAAAUUCUUGCUAUCAAGAACCAAGCAACAGGACAUUACAUUCUCAAUGGCAAAGGAGAAGUUGCAAGAUCUCGGCGCUUCAUUGAAAUAGGAGUGGAGUGGGACUACCUCAUCGAGGAUGAUGUCGAGACUCUCUACACUGAUGGUCCACUACAUGAUGCAAUUGUUGUUCUGAUCAUACCUAAAGACAAUGAGACGAGGUCCACACUGAUGUACAAAUACAUCAUCCAUGAAGAUUCUGUGCCCCUUAACAACAAUAAUGUCAUUCAGGAGGACACAUAUGAAUGGGCGCUUAAAAGCUGGUCCACAUGUUCAAGACCUUGUGCUGGAGGAUUCCAAUACACCAAAUAUGGGUGUCGUAAAAAAGGUGACAACAAAAUGGUGCACAGAGGCUACUGUGACAUCAACAAGAAACCCAAACCUAUUCGCAGAAUGUGUAACUUACAAGACUGCACUCAACCACAAUGGAUCACAGAAGAGUGGGAACAUUGUACUAAAACCUGUGGGAGCUUGGGAUACCACAUCCGCACUGUGCGCUGUGUCCAGUUCCCUCACGAGGGCACUAACCGCUCCAUCCACAGCAAAUUCUGCAGUGGGGAAAAACCAGAGAUCAGGAGGGCAUGCAACAGAAUACCCUGCCCAGCACAAUGGAGGACCGGGGCCUGGUCAGAGUGCUCAGUGUCCUGUGGGGAGGGUGUGAUGCGACGUCUGGUCACAUGUCGCAUUGGAGAUCAAUGCACCGGCGAGAAGCCUGAUUCACACAGACCCUGCAGGCCAGGACCCUGUCACGAUGAGUCAUGCGGAGGAGACAAGUCCAUAUUCUGUCAGAUGGAGGUUCUGGCUCGUUAUUGCUCGAUACCAGGUUACAACAAGCUCUGCUGUGAAUCCUGCAGUAAGCGAAGUGGUACUUUUUCUCCUCUUCUGCACGAAGCUGCUGAGAUGGAAGAGGAACAUCGCUUCAGUUCAGCCGCUCAAUUUCUGGAGACACUUUCAGCCUCAGCUGUUAAUGGAACACUGAAAGGCCCUCACCAGCAUCAGCGGGGGUCCUCGUCACAAGGCCAAUUUGCCAAGCAAACCACGACUCCUCCGCCUCGCAAACCCUAUACCGAGAAAAGCAAGACUCAAAAGCUCCUCAAAUCUGGCUCGAGAAAUCUGCCUGCAAUGGCGAUCCAUAGCUUGUGGAACGAGAACGCCGGUAAUGAUGCACCAUGGCUGCUGGAAAGUUUCCAAGAGACUCAGUGGCCAACAGCAUCAUCCGAGGUGGAGAGAUGAAGGCUAGUUUGUCUCUUUUUUCUCUCUCUGUCUGGACUCUCUUUCUCUCAUUUGUUUGUUGUAGAUAUAGAUCUUUAACAUUCAUCAUUACAUUCAGAUGAUCCUCAAGUUAUUUGAAAGCAAGAGAGAGUGAAGUGCUGGUUCACUUUCAAAUGUUCUCUCGCCAGCAGUAUUUGUUUUUAGAACACACUUGUCAAUCACACACUGCUGUGAAGGGGAAUGUGCCAAAUACUUUUUUUUUAUGAUCCUCUCAGCAGCCUGGUCUAUGAAGGUGAAGAGACUUGUGGUACGCAUGAGGAAAUGCUUGUAGUUGCAUCAAACUUCACACUCUAUACAGUUUUAUUUUGAACGGCUCCAAACUUGUUUGACCAAAUAAUAUUUAUGAACAUUCCUGUAAAUACUGUAUAUGAAAAAAUAUCAGUAUUAUAAAAAAAAAGAAAAAAAAAAAAGCUGAGGAUUUUUAAAAUAAGAGAUUUAGGACCAUUAUCGGUGCUUUUAAAGUUAAGAACACUUUAUUAGGAAAUGUGCUUUUCAGUCAUGAUUUUUAAGCACUGGAGCAUAUGUAUUCCAAAAUGAUGUGAGCCACAGGAAAAACCAUUAAAACCGCCAUAAAAUAUCAACUUUUGGUUCCAAAAGCAUUUCUGUCACUCUUGAAUCAGCCUCUCAGAAAGUCAUCAAUCAAAUGAAAUUCUCAUCAAAUAAAGACUUUGUUUUCCUCCAAAAUAAUUUAUUUUCAGCUAAAAUGUUUAGUUAUAAUGUUGAGGCUUCUCUUUGACACAUGCCCCUUAGAUUUUUCCCAUUAUGUCAUAUGCAUGUAUUCACCUUUUCAGCCAGAUUUUUUUUUUAGCCAAUGACAAUUUUGAGUGCGAACGUCAUCAAUCAGCUGAUAUGGGAGACCCAAUCAUAUAUAUUGUGAAAUGAAUUGGAUGUUUCAGUUGGGAUUUUAAAGAAGUAAAGCUGGACUUUCUGAAGAUCUUAUACUGCACAUGAUAUCUCUUGUUUGAGGGAGAGGAAAGCUAUUUAUUUUUAUUAUCGAGGGUUAAAUCUCAACCACAAUGCAUCUGACUGCAAUACGAAGGAGACCAGUUAAUCUAUCAGUGGAGUUCAGCUGUUCAUAACCAUACACUCACUUUCACCUGUGUGCCACUAAAGCUAUUGUAUACCAUUGAGAACUUUAGGAGUAUGCAUUGAGAUUCAAAGUUCAAUAUCAUGUCUUGUGUUACUCAUUAUCUGUUACUUAAGGAAACACAUGAUCCCAAUGAGUUGUGAGAGUUGCUCACAAAAGUAAAUGCAGAAACAAAAGUAGACAUUUUAAUAGCUUUUUUUGUUGUUGUUUUAACUGGCAUUUUAGAUACAAUAAGACACAUGCUCAGUUUUUGAGAUGUUAUAAUAAGGGAAAGCUGUUUCACAGCCAUUUUAGAAUAGAAAUAAUGUACAGGAAAUCCUAAACAAAGCUGUCAUUUACAGUGAUUCAUUGUCCAUUACUCAAAGUUUCCCCAAUCCUGCACGAAACUGUUUUUACAGUUAAUUUGUAGCUUUAAUAAAAAAAAGGAAAAUUAUUGUGGAUUUUGAUCCUCUAGAAUAGACAAUAGGUGCAUUUGCAUAAAUAUAGAACUUCAACGUCUUUGAACUUCAUUCAACCAAUGAAAGCUGAGGUGAACGUUAUGUACAUCACAAGAAUUAUUGUUCAUUUACUGCUAAUAAAGAAUUGGUUUCUGAUCAAAUCGACUAGCUUUCAGAAACACAAAAGAAUGUGAGAUAGUUGAAGCUCAAUUGACAAUCCCUAAGCCACAGACAGACACCCAAUACAAAAAGAUAAAUCAUAUUUAUCCUCACAAUUCCAUGUCCAUUUAGGUAUGAAUUAUUGUCCUGGCUUACAAAUACACUUUCAGUUGCUUGCAGUCAUUUAUUUUUGUUUUAAUUUGUACUUUUGUUAGUUGUAAUGGAAGUGUACACUACUGAGGCUGUUUUUGUAAUGGGGAGCACAUAGAAAUAAAGAAUGAACACAA